GAAGGUUGGAGAAGAGAAGCACUGGGGGCGGCUGGGAUCGUCACCGAGGCUGGGGGAUCGCGGGAAUCGGCACUUUGCCCCAGACCGCAUCCACGGGAAUCCACAUGUAAAAUUUCCCGGCCCCAUCACCUUCUCUUCUACAGUCGUUCUCCGGCCAUUCUCGAAUCCGUGAUUCGCGAUGCGCACUUCUCGGGCAUCCAAGGAGACUGCCAAGGUGAUCCAGGCGUUGUCGCCUCCUGCGCGACGCCAAACUCGCAGUGCAGCCCUCGGCUCUGGCGCGCUCAGGGGUUUCGCCUAUAAUGCGGACUCGGCCGUGAAGAGCGAGUCGCUGAUCCCGACGAUUGCUGCGAUUCCUGCUACUCGAAGCGACGAUCAGUCGUCUCUUUCGUCUGCCGAUACUGCCGACAUCGAAGACCUCGUCGAUGACUUCGAACCUCCCUCCAAGCGUCGGAAACGCAAUGUCAGUCCCAAGAUCCUAUCAGCUUCCAACCGCACCCCUCGCAAGCCCCUCGUGAAGAAAGAGGACGAGCUCGAUGAGAAAGCAACCCCGCCAGCCAAGAACCGGCGCAUGCCUGCUCGUAAAACCCGCGAUGCCAAUGGGGCAACCGUCGUCGAACCACCGUCCAACUGGGAGACCAUGUAUAAUAUUGUGAAGAAGAUGCGCGCGGACAAUCCAACCGCGCCGGUGGAUACAAUGGGCUGUUCAGAUCUAUACUGGCGGGGAUCUUCCCCUCGAGAUCGCCGGUUCCAAACUCUCAUCGCGUUGAUGCUUUCGUCUCAAACCAAAGACACCGUCACAGCCGUUGCGAUGCAACGACUACACACCGAGCUCGUCGAAGAACAACCAGACCAGGUCAGCACCAUUAAGAAAGAAGACCCCUUCACCGCCGACGAACCCAAAAUCAAACCGGACCCCGACGACGAACCCUCGCCCACGCUCUCUCUCCCAGCCAAAGAUAGCACGCUGAAUCUAGAAAACAUCCUCGCCGUCUCACCCACGCACCUCAACUCCCUAAUCGAAAAAGUCGGCUUCCACAACAACAAAACGAAAUACAUCAAAGCCGCCGCCCUCAUCCUCCGCGACGAAUACGCAGGCGACAUCCCCUCCACACCAGAAGGCCUGAUGAGUCUGCCCGGCGUGGGUCCGAAGAUGGCGUAUCUAUGCAUGAGCGCCGCUUGGGGUAAACACGAGGGAAUCGGAGUUGACGUGCACGUCCACCGCAUCACUAAUUUGUGGGGGUGGCAUAAGACCAAGACGCCGGAGGAGACCAGAUUGGCGUUGCAGUCAUGGUUGCCGAGGGAUAAAUGGCAUGAGAUUAAUAAGUUGUUGGUUGGGUUGGGACAGACGGCUUGUCAGCCGGUGAAGAGGCGUUGUGGGGAGUGUUAUCUGGCUGGGACGAAGCUUUGUAAGAGUGAGAUUAAGGGGUUGAGUCCGGUUAAAAGGGAGGUGGAUGUUAAGAGGAGUCCUGGGCUUGAUGAACCCAAGAUUAAGAUUGAGGCAGUUUGAGGGAUGGGUGAUUAAGAGUUGAGUUUUUGGAAGUCAACUCCUAUUGUAUAGUAAGCUAUGGCCGGUGUACUGGGUGGCUAUUUCAUUUCGCCAAACCUCGAAUAGAAAUAUAUGACUGUCGAGGGGGAAAAAAAAUGACAAUUUCUACGGGAUAUCAUGUGGCUUAGAGCUCUCCUAGGAUUAGCUUAUAUGUCGUGGGUUAUUGGACUUGUACUGGGACGGUAGAU